AUGUCCCGCUACGGCGUUGACCGCGCGGUGAAUGGGGUUUUCGGCACGACGGUGCUCGGCACAUUCGCGGUAAACAUCAGCGGGUCGUUUCUGCUUGGGCUGCUGGUGGCUGCGGGGGCUGGACGGAUGGGUCUGCCGGACGAAGCAAGGGCGUUUGCCGCGGUGGGCUUUCUUGGCUCGUACACGACAUUUUCAACGCUCACGGUUGCCAGCGUACAGUUAGCGGGCGACGGCGACUGGUUCCGCGCCGCGGUGAAUGUCAUAGGGAGUAUAGUGGUCGGUGUAAUCGCGGCGUUCGCGGGUAUUGCUGUGGGCAGGGCGGUGCUUUAG